AUGGAGCGAGUGCGAAGACACCUGUCAGAUUCUGGUUUGUGUCCAGUGUGCAAUCUUAGAGAUGAGGAUGUGGAUCAUUUACUUCGAGAUUGUCGGUUUGCUCGGGAUAUUUGGAAUCACUUGAUCAAACCUGAAGAAUUAAGAGUGUUUAUGGGUUUGCUAUUUCGGGAUUGGAUGUGGUUGAAUCUCUAUGGCCAUGAGGGUGCGGAGCUUCAAUGGUGCGUGAACACGAUAGGAGGGGAAUUGUCGCUCGUGGAGGCAGAGAUGGUGGUAGAGGAUUUGGAUACGGACGGUGAUGGGCUGUUGGGGCUGGAAGGUUUCAUGAGGUUAGUGGAUGAAGUUGGAGAUGAAGAUAGAAUGAAGGAUUUGAAAGAGGCUUUCAAGAUGUAUGAAAUGGAAGCUGGCUGUGGGUUUAUUACCCCAAAAAGUUUGGAGAGGAUGCUUGGUAGAUUGAGUGAGCCUAGGAGUUUAGAGGAUUGUAAAUUGAUGAUUUCUCGGUUUGAUCUUAAUGGUGAUGGUGUUAUCAAUUUUGAUGAAUUUAGACUCCUGAUGUUAUGA